CCAACACCCCGCAGUGCAGGAGAACAGGACUAGUAGCUACAGUAAAAAUAUAAAAUAAAGCAGACUUUUCAGCUCCUCAUCUUCGGUUGAUGGUCAACAUUUCAAAACUAAGAGUCAAGAACAAGGCAUUAGGAUGGACUGGUUCCACUGUAACAGCUGCUUCCGAAGAGAGGGGCAGAACUUUGCUGUCUCCAGCUGUGGUCACAUCUGCUGUGAAGGCUGCAUCAACCCUAAUAAAAAACAUUGCACUGUGUGUGGAGCCAGCUGCAAUUACCUGGCUAUCUCAGACCAGAUGAAGCCUCAGGAGCAGGUGUUCUUCAAAGACCCUGUUAAGCUCAUUCAGUCUCGUCUGGAGCACAUAGCACAGAUUGCUCUAUUCCAGCGAAGGCAGAAGGAAAGGGUCAUUGUCUACUUCAAAAACAAAUCUAUGGAGCUGGAGAGGAGAUUGAAGGAUGUCACAGAUCAGUGUUACAGGCAAGUUUUAGAGCUGAAAAGAGAGAAUGCCGAGUUGAAGAAACCUCUCUCUCAGAGGAGGGCAUCACCUGGACAAUUUCAAACAAAUGGCAGUGCCCAAAGGAUGUCUCUCCCAGUGGCUGUUACCUCCCCAGUCACCCCUCGCUCACGUCCUGUUAGCCACCAAGGCUUUGCUGAAACCCAGGAGAGAUUCAGAGAUAGAAACCCUAGGCUCACCCUCGCAACUCCGCCUGGUUCUGCCACAUCAAUCUCCAGCCUUGGCUCUCUGCACGAGCGUGGUGGCUUCAGGACUCCCACCAUUAUUAGCACUCCCACCCGGUCUGAGAAUCUGACUCCAAACAUUUUCCAGUUCUUGACUGGGUCAUCACUGCACUCCCCAAGGCCUUUCAGAAAUGGCCAGUAAACUGUCCGCUCAGGUCCGGCCAACUUGCGACGCGUCUCCUCAAUCUCCUCUGAGGCCCAGCUGAUACCGUAUUUGAUUCUCUGCACCAUGAACCAGACCUUGACUUUGUCCAGAGGCAGGGCACAGAGCCGUGCCAAGGCAUUCACCUCACGAGAUGUUGGGUAUGGGAACACAUUGAAUGCCUGGACCAGCUCUGGGAUGGUGUCAAGCUCACGUGUCUGAUCUGACUGUGUCCAUACUAGCUUCAGGCCCUCGGAGACCAAAGGUAGGCACACCACAGAGUUAUGGUUGGUGCUGAAACUAACACCCCCAUCUCUGCCCUCACUUACAUCACUGUCUGUUGCACUGGGGUCAGAGGAUAGAGUGCUCUUUCCAUUGGUGAUCUGAUAGUGUGAAGUCUUGGAGAAAUGCAGGGAGGCAUGCUUGCCUUCAUUCUCUGUCCAUGUGACAUCACACUGGGAUGACUCCUUCAUGUUUACCUCCAGUCCUAUUCUCCUGUUACGGUCAACCUGUGUUGCCAUCGGUGAUGUCACCGCCCGUCACUCCAGUCUGGUAGAGAUAUGAUAAAGAUAUCAAAUACAUUGUGUGCUUUAUACAUUUAUUAUAACAUUAACAGUGAGAAAUCACACUGGAGGUUGCCAAUGUCUAGAUACUAUAAUGGUGUCAUGUGCUUUAGGGGAAAAGGUGUCAAAGGAGCAGUAUAUGAGUCAGUCUAGAUGAAAGUAUCUAGAGGAGGACUUUCUAUUCCCAAAGUCAAAGACCUGACAGCUGUUUCCCCUCCCCCCUCUAAGUCACACUCCCUUCUCAAAGUCUCACCAUGAAACUGGUUGUAUACCCUCUGUCCAGAUUGUGCUCCCCUCCCCCUUGGAACCAAAGUGUGGUGAUUGACUUUUGUGUUGUGAGGGCGGGGUGUGAGAAAUCUGCCACAGGCGCUUCUCUUACCCUUUCCAGCACUGGCUUUGUUCCGUCGUCCUUGUUUCCCUUCAAGUCGUCAGUCCUCAGAAUCAAGUUUGACCCCCCCAGCAGAAACACCUAUGGAAAGACAAAAGAGAUUGAGCAAUUGACAUAUUCAAUGUGUCGGCAAUUCAUACAUGAUAAAAUAUAUACAUAAAUAAAACAUUGUCAUUUAUAUAGGAAAGUAUUGUAUAAUAACCUGCAUUAUUAAAAAACAUCUGAAGCAGAGGCAUUGACUAUAUACAAAAGGCCAACUUGAGACCGGCUAUUUGAAAGAAUUUAUGUGCAACCUCUGUCCUUAUCUGACCAAAAGCAUAAGUUCAUUGCCAAUUCACAGAGCAAACUAUGACAUGCAACAGGUGUAAAUUUAAAGUAAUUUCCCCCUGACAAACACACAAAACUGGGAUUUAUUCCAAGUGCCCAUACUCAAGCGGUCUAUUUACCCUGGCGGGCCGCAGUGUGCAUGUCCCAGACUGGCAGUGUAACACCAGAUUCAAAUUACUUUGACGACCAAUACCUAAACUUUGUUAGCGGAAUCAGGUGUGUAUGAUGAAUGAAUAAGUGUGCAGGACUGUGACAAAUAACGCACACCCUGUGUCCUUCCAGCUAGGAGUUCACAUGAUGAUUACCACAGCACAGGGUUUCCCAAACUCAGCCCUUGGUCUUCCCAAUGAUGCACGUUUUAGUUUUUGCCCUAGUGCUACAUAGCUGAUUUAAAUAAUCAAAGCUUGAUGAGGUGAUUAUUUAAUCAGAUGUGUAGUGUUAAGGCAAAAAACAACCAGUACACCACUGGGAGGCCCCAGGACCGAGUUUGGGAAACCCUACGAUUGCUUAUAAUAACAAACAAAUUAACACGAAAAGAAACUGGGAGUCAAGUAUUUGAAAAAUUAGAUCAAGUUAUGUUGACCAAUUUAAGAGCCUGUGACGGUCAGGAAUAUCUAGUAUCGGAACCCAGAACCAAAUCACUCAAGUGAUUUAGCGAACUAAAUGUAUCCUGCUGUGGUCUGUUGGAACUCUGGUUCUCGGAAGUUAUUCGUUCAUAUCCCAAAAAUGAUUGGGCCAACCAGGGAGCGAGCAAACUAAUAGCCCGUUAACAUUUUAUAUUGCCGACGACAGAAAGAUAUUCAUCGCUUUUACUAACGGUAACCAGGCCUCAUAUCAUACAUCAAGACAGCAUACGAUGUUAAACAGCUCACAGGUUGGAGUAGUGGCCAUGACAAUAGGCCUACCCUUCCGAUGUCUUGAUCCUUUGUGGCGUACUAGCUAAAAUGGUCAGACUGCACAAGCGCACUCACACGGACACGCUUCAGUAAUAACAAAAAAUAAAAACUUACCGGAAUCGUGUACUUCACCCCUUCACUCUGGAGUUGGGUAAAGUGAAAACAAAAUAUCCCAAUCUUCUCUUUUGUUAAUGGCUGAAGUUGGAGAACAAAACGGGGGAACAAUACUGUUUGUCUGACCCUGAUGCUUUAUUUAUCCGUCGAACCUCAAAACGGGUUCUCGUUUCGGAAACAAUUCUAGAACUUUGUAGCUGUCUCAAGUUGAGACCCAAACUGAUACUUGAUAUGAUACGCCUUUAAAAUUGAAUAAUCGAUUUGUUAAUUGUUUGAAAUUGGUUCCUUACUGUACCUACCCCCCUCGGUCCGUUGUUGCUUUUGUUCUGUAAAUCCGAAAGUGUGUCGUGUCCGGCCAAAUCGAGGCUAGGAGGACCAGGAACUCAGAGCACCCCCCCUCCCUCAGUAUCUCCUGAGUGACGGUAAAGAGGGUGUGCCAUUCUAUGCAAAGACAGGGAUUGGAGGAGGGAGGUGCCGGUCAUUGGGACUGGUCGGCAAAAUAACUCUUUCAUUACACACUUAUAGGAAUCGCAAUCGCCAUGUUUGUAAGGUUAUCUUAGUUGUUUAGAAAGAGUACGUUCAGAUUCCAUUAGACCAACGAUGGUCUAUUAUAUUGACAAGAUAGUCAAGUGACCACUAACAAUAGAAGUACAUGUCAUCGAAAGCAGACGGGAGGAUCGAGAUCAGGUGGGACCAUUCUAGCCAAUGAGAGGGCAGAGACGCGUGUGAACAACAGGCCAUAGAGAUAGAUGACUCAUCUUUGUAUCUGUGCCAAUAUAGUCCCUGUGACAGCAUGGGCAGCGCAAUUGAGCAAGGCUUAGUCAAUUUUCUUAAUUUGCUGAUUGCUUCCAACUCAUAGGACUCCCUACCUAGUUUACUACAUAAAAAAUGUGUAAGCCCUCGAUGGCAAUGUCCAUGCUAAAGUGGAGCUGCGUUCAGUACGUUUUUAAGCUCUGGGACGUUCAAUUGAACGGAAACGUUGCUGUACUAAA